UUACUAUUACUACUACUACUACUACUACUACUUGUAAGAAGUACCAUCCUUCGUUUUGGAAAAUGUUGACACCGUUGACCUUAGUUCUGAUAAUUACAAAGUAAAUCAUUUUGAACCGAUAUAAUUAGAACUGUACCUAUAUUUAUUGCACAAUCGAUUUACAUACGUCAGUAAUUCUUUGUAUAACACUAUCAGUUGCUUUAUUUCAUAAUUCAUGAACGUUUAUAUAUAAUAAUGCUAAAUUAUAUAGUGUACUAGUGUAGUAAAAUACUCCAAGUUAGAAGUUAAGCGAAAACUGUCACCUCGAGUGAUCAACAUGAACAAUGAACAAUUAAUUGGUGUAAUAAAUGUUGAAUCUCACAUAGUAAAAUUUUCUGUACUCAGCAAUACAAAUGGACAUAAUUUAUUGGAAUCAUCUAGACCAAUUGAUCUUAUUAAACCAAAUCCAGGAUGGGUUGAAGUAAAUGCUGAAAAUAUUUGGGAUGCUUUAUGUACUACAAUUGAUGAGGUAAUAGAAAAAUUAAAAUCUAUAAAUUUAUCAAAAGAUAAUAUUAAAAUAAUUGGAAUUAUAAAUGAAAGGGAAACUGUAUUAGCAUGGAAUUCAGAAACACAUAAACCACUUUACAAUGCAAUUCAUUACACUGAUACACGUACAGACACUAUUAUUCAAGAAAACGAAUCAAAAAAUCUAAACAUCGUUAAAGAAAUUGAAGACAUAACUGGUUUAAGAGUAACAUCAUUAUUCAGUGGAGCUAAACUAAAAUGGAUCAUUGACAAUACAAGUAAUAUAACACAACUUUUAACUAUGAAAACUAUUAAACUUGGAACAUUAGAUACUUGGUUAGUUUGGAAACUUACAAAAGGUAAAUUGUAUGUAACAGAUAUUACAAAUGCUUCUCGUACAUUAUUAAUGGAUAUAAAAUCAUGUGAAUGGUCUUUAAAGGCCUGUCAGUUUUUUAAUAUUCCAAUUUCAAUACUACCUACAAUUAAAAGUUCUUCUGAACAAUAUGGAAUAAUAGAAGAAACAUGUUUAAAAGGUUUAUUAAUUGGAUCUAUAUUUGCUAAUCAUCAUGCUGCUUUGUAUGGAUUGAACUAUACAAGAAUCGGUCAAAUAAUGAGCCGAUAUUGUGAUAGUUGUAUAGUGUCUUGUAUAAUAGGAACAGAAUUUACAAAAUCUAAGAAUGGCUUAAUAACAACAGUAGCAUAUAAAAUUGAUAAUGAACCAGCUGUUUAUGCUUUAGAAGGUUGGACAUCAAUUGGUGGUAAAGCAAUAGAAUGGCUAAGAAAUAAUAUGAAAAUUAUGGCUACUGAUGAAGAAAUAAAAUUGUUAAAUAUAAAUGCUAGCGAUGUAUAUUUUGUUCCGGCUUUUAAUGGAUUAGCAGCACCACAUUGGAAACCAGAUGCCAAAGGUAUAAUCUGUGGUAUAACUCAUUAUACCAACAAAAACCAUUUAAUCAGGGCUGCAUUGGAAUCAUUAUGUUUUCACACUAAAGAUGUAUGUGUUGCGUUUGAAAGAGAUACAGGUAUAACUCCGUAUCAAUUAACUGUUGACGGUCCAUACUCUGUUUACAGUAAUUUAUUAAAUUAUCAAGCAGAUAUUUUGGGAAUAGAAGUAGAAAGGUCACAAAUGACUGACAUGGCUAUAUAUGGCUCAGCCAAGGCAGCAGCACAUGCCAUAAAUAUUGAAUUAGGAAAUUAUCAAUCUCCACUAAAAAUAUCAGAACCUACAACAACAGAAAUGGAACGGAAAAAUCGAUACUUAAAAUGGUUAAAAGCUAUAAGGCGAAGUAGUGGGUUGUCAAAAUCUCAAUUACAAGUGAAUCAAAAAAGUGAAAAAUUAGAUAAGUAUAGUAUUUUAAGAACAAAAAUACUGUCUACAGCAUACCUAAUGGUAAUGAUGGUUAUGAUGGUUUUAUCUGAUAAAAAUUAAUUAAAAUAUUUAUUUUAUAUGUA